ACUUCCUGUUCCGCUUCCCAUGGGAAAGUGGCCUUUGAAUUUUCCCACGAGCAGAUAAUCAGGGCUCGGAAGGACUUUUCCGUUGGCUGCGAAAGAACCAGGCAAGUGGGAAGGGCGGAGGGGAAGGGAGGGUGUGCUGGGCCUCGAAUGGGCUCCAUGGCAGGCAGAAGUGCAACUGGGGAAGCUUUUCCCUGCCGUGGGGCUGGGGAGGAGAGGGAAGGCUGGGAAAACAUCCUUGGUUGGAAAUCUGCCUGCCAGGUAGGGGAGAGCGGCAGAAAAACGAGGAGCCCUUCGAUUUUUUUUGUUUGUUUUUUUUGGAUGAUACACACUUCAAGUGGAGCAGAGAGCGAGUCUUUGUGCAGAAUGAGGGGGUGGCAAUCUGGAUCCACAAGAGCAUCUUUCCUGUAGACAUAGGUAUAGUCUGUUUAUUACACCAGUGGUUUCCAAACUUCCCACCCCCUACCACCCAGUGGACCACUUGAAUACUGCUGAUGGAGGACCACCUCAAUUAUUUUUCUGCUUUUUGUAGCAAAUGUAAUGCCCUGACGUCCUGACGAUUUUUAGUUAUAUUUUUAUUGCUUCUUUUGUUUCUUGUGUUGCACUUGAUCCUACUCCAAUUUGCAUUCCAUAGAGUUCAGGCAGAAACUUCCACAACUCCUCCACACUGCCCAAUAGAUAGCUCAGUCAACAGAGCAUGAGACUCUUGAUCCCAAGGUCGUGGGUUCAGGAAAAAUAUUCCCGCAGAGCAGCGGGUUGGACUGGAUGACCCUCUAGGUCCCUUUUGACUCUACAAUCCCACGAUUCUAUGACUCUGUGGCUACCAGGCUGGUGCCUUAAUGCAAGGCUCCCCCUACUCUGGCAGGUAGCCUUCAGCCAAAGAAGAUUUCCAGCUCCAAUUUUUCUUUUCUCCCUUCAACAGCACAGCCGUCGCCCCAGUCAGCAUCUCGGAGGGGAGCGAGAGAAUGGCCCGCCUCCUGCCGGACCUCUGCAAAGAAACCCAGCUGGCAGAGAGUGGCUUGUGGGGCAGCGACAAAGUCAGCUGCUUGAAGGUGAAGGAGGAGGUUCUAGAGGAAGAGCCAGCCAGCUCAGAGGCGCAGCGACAGCACUUCCGGCAGUUCGGCUACCAGGAGAACGAGGGGCCAAGGGAGGUGUGCAACCAGCUCUGGGAGCUGUGCAACCUGUGGCUGAAGCCCGAGAGGCACACCAAGGAGCAGAUCCUGGAGCUGGUGGUGCUGGAGCAGUUCCUGGCUGUCCUGCCAGCGGAGGUGCAGAACUGGGUCAGGGAUGUGGAGCCGGAGAACUGUUCCCAGGCGGUGGCCCUGGUGGAGGACUUCCUGCUGCGGCAGCAAAAGGACGAGAGGCAGGAAGAGCUGGUGAGGAUGUUAGGAAGGACCCAGGAAGAGGUCAGGCCAAAGGGGCUCCUUCUGGCCCACCAUCUUGUUUCCCACAGUGGCCAAACAGAUGCUCCAGUGGGAAGCCCCUGAGCGAGACCUGCUUGCGACAGCAUCUCUCCCCACCUGAAGCCUCCAACAAGUGAUACUCAGAAGCACACUGUCUUGCACUAAUGCAUGAAGUGGACCAUCGAUGGCUACUAGCAUGGUGGUUCUGCUCUGUCUCCACAGUUGGAAGUGGUAACACUUCUGAAUAAGAAUAGUAAGAAUAAUAAGAAUAAUAAACGGCCUCGGUCCAGUAUAUCUGGAGUGUCUCCACCCCCAUUGUUCUACCCGGACACUGAGGUCCAGCACUGAGGGUCUUCUGGCAGUUCCUCCCUGCGAGAAGCCAUGUUACAGGGAACCAGGCAGAGGCCUUCUCGGUAGUGGCACCCGCCCUGUGGAACGCCCUCCCACCAGAUGUCAAAGAGAACAACUACCAGACUUUUAGAAGACAUCUGAAGGCAGACCUGUUUAGGGAAGCUUUUAAUGUUUGAUGCAUUACUAUAUUUUUAGAUUUUGUUGGAAACCGCCCAGAGUGGCUAGGGAAGCCCAGCCAGAUGGGUGGGGUAUAAAUAAUAAUAAUAAUAAUAAUAAUAAUAAUAAUUAUUAUUAUUUACACCCAGCCACUCUGGGUGGCUCCCAACAGAAUAUUAAAAACACAAUAAAACAUCAAACAUUAAAAACUUCCCUAAACAGGGCUGCCCUAAGAUGUCUCCUAAAAGUCAGAUAGUUGUUUAUUUCCUUCACAUCUAAUGGAAUGGCGUUCCACAGGGCGGGUGCCACCACCGAGAAGGCCCUUUCCCUGGUUCGCUUCUCGCAGGGAGGGAACCGCCAGAAGGCCCUCGGCACUGGACCUCAGUGUCCAGGCUGAACGAUGGGGGUGGAGACGCUCCUUCAGAUAUACUGGGCCGAGGCCGUUUAGUGCUUUAAAGGUCAACACCAACACUUUGAAUUUGCUCAGAAACGUACUGGGAGCCAAUGUAGGUCUUUCAGGACUGGUGUUAUGUGGUCUCGGCGGCCGCUCCCAGUCACCAGUCUAGCUGCCGCAUUUUGGAUCAUCGUGAUGAAGCCAGAUUCUAUCAGUUUGAGGAAAACAGGUGGGAUUAAAAUGCAAUGAAUAAAUAAAAUAAGUUUGUAUCUGCAGGUGGUGCAGUGACUGGUUGGGUCUCUAAAGGGAGAGGUGAUUUUUCAGGUAUCCAGGUCCCAAGCUUUCUAGGGCUCACUCAAACCAGCCCCUUGAACUCGCCAGCAACCAGCCUUGCCUCCUUUCAACGUCCUGUGCUCUUGUUUCAGAUGUUGGGCCCGUUCAAAGAGGAGGCUGCUCAUUUCCCCACCGCUGAAGACGCUUCCUCAGACACCUGGCGGAGGGUCAUCUUAGGGGAGAUGAAGCAGGAGGAGGAGGAGGACGACGACAGAGACACAGCCUUGUUGGGUGAGGACUCCUCUUUCUAUGGUGUUUAGAGUGUGAGUGACUCAUGUAUUGGUGUUUUAAAGAGGUGUGAGGUCAGGCAGUGGUGAUAUGAGUGAGAUGUUGCCUUGCUUGAGCAAUUCUAAAUUAUACAGCCUUGCAAUGCUCUCUCAUUUUAUUUAUCUGUAUGUGGUGUUUAUUAUUAUUAUUAUUAUUAUUAUUAUUAUUAUUAUUAUUAGAAUUUAUAUACUGCCCUAUAUCCGGAGGUCUCAGGGUGGUUCACAUAAAAAGAUCACAGUAUAUAAAAUCAAAACAGAAACAAUAACCCAAAAAUACUCCGGUUCAAAUCCCUGCGAUGGGGUAAGCUCCCGUUGCUCUGUCCCAGCUCCUGCCAACCUAGCAGUUCAAAAGCACACCAGCGCAAGUAGAUAAUUAGGUACUGCUGCGGCGGGAAGGUAAACAGCGUUUCCGUGCGCGGUGGUUUCCGUCACGGUGUCCCAUUGCGCCAGAAGCAGUUUAGUCCUGCUGGCCACAUGACCCAGAAAGCUGUCUGUGGACAAACGCCGGCUCCCUCGGCCUGAAAGAGAGAUGAGCGUUGUACCUCAUAGUCAUCUUUGACUGGAAUUUUAACUUUCCAGUGGUCCUUUACCUUUUACCUUUACCUUUACCUUUUACCUCACAGUAGCCAGUCAGAUGCCUCAACAGGCAGUGUGUACUUUGUUUUGUUUUUUGGAUGAAAAAAUUCUUUAUUGAAAUUCAUUAAUGUCAUUACAGAUUUAACUUCACACAUACACAUACAUACUAAUAUACAGUGGUGCCUCACAAGACGAAAUUAAUUCGUUCUGCGAGUUUUUUCGUCUUGCGAGUUUUUUCGUCUUGCGAAGCACGGUUUCCAUUUUUUCAAAAAAUCUUCAAAAACCUCAAAAAAGGCUACCACACCGCGUGCUAUGAGUUGCUCCUCGAAGUCAAGUCGCAACUGCACCUCUUCAAGCAAUGCACCCUGUAUUACUGUAACGGUUUUAAGAAAAAGGAAACAAACUUGCAAGACGUUUCCGUCUUGCGAAGCAAGCCCAUAGGGAAAUUCGUCUCGCGAAGCAACUCAAAAAACCAAAAACUCUUUCAUCUUGCGAGUUUUUCGUCUUGCGAGGCAUUCGUCUUGCGAGGCAUUCGUCUUGCGAGAUACCACUGUGUGUGUGUGUGUGUGUGUGUGUGUCUAUAUAUACAUAUAUAUAUACAUAUAUAUAUAUAUAUAUUCUUAAAUUAGUUUAACUUAGAAUGUUAAUUUGACCAUCUAAUUCCACUUAGAUAUCAGCUAAGCUAUAAUCAUAUAAUGGUACAUAAAACAAAACAAAACAAAACAAAACAAAACAACAAACUGAAGUAAAAUAAAUAUAUACUUCCCAUCAUUUCCCGAUAUAGUUGACAUUUGUGAUUUUGAAUGUGCCUAUAAUUAUUACCUUACGUUUAAUAUAAUUUCUAAUACUUUCUUACAACCUAGCAUACCGAUUUUCCUAUAUUUCUUAAUAUUUUAUGUACACAAGCAAUAGAUAAUAUGUCACUGUUGUUUUUUUUUGUAAGUCUCUCUUAAACAUUUCCCAUUUUUGAGAAAAUAAUUGUUUGGCGUUACCUCUUAACCUAUUUGUUAGUUGAGCCAUUUCCACAUAGACUAAUACAGUCAUACCUCAAGUUGAAGUAGCUUCGGGAUGAAUAUUUUCGGGUUGUGCUCCGCGGCGACCCGGAAGUAACGGAGCAUGUACGGGACCGCCUCUCCUGGUAUGCCCCACAGAGGAACCUACGGUCUGCAAAUAAAAACAUCCUGAAGGUCCCAGGCCUCAGAGAGGUUAGGCUGGCCUCAACUAGAGCCAGGGCUUUUCGGCUGCGGCUCCAAUCUGGUGGAACGCUCUGUCACAAGAGACUAGGGCCCUGCGGGACCUGACAUCUUUCCGCAAGGCCUGCAAGACAGAGUUGUUCCACCAGGCCUUUGGUCAGGGCCCAGCAUGACUCCCUCCUCUGGCAACCUGCACAGAAUUUUGCUUAACGGUUGCCAUUAAUUUGAUUUUAAUUAAUUUUUAUAAUGAAAUGUUUUUAGAAUGUUGGAUUAUUUGAUUGUUUGAUUAUUUGAUUGUUGUUAGCCACCCUGAGCCCGGCUUCGGCUGGGGAGGGCGGGAUAUAAAUAAAAUUUAUUAUUAUUAUUAUUAUUAUUCUGGGUUUUGCCGCUCAUGCAUGCGCAGACGCUGAAAAUGACGUCACGCGCAUGUGCGGAAGCGCCGAAGCACGAUCCGCACAUGCACAGGUGCGUCUUACGUUUACUUCAGGAUGUGAACGGGGCUCCGGAACGGAUCCCAUUCGUAUCCAGAGGUACCACUGUAAUUCAUUGGCAGAAUGACUUGCGUUUUGAUUUCCUUCUUUCCGGCAGCUUCCGAGAGAGUGUGCGGGGAGGACGACCCAGACCGUUCCACAGAUCCAAGGCCUCACGAGGUGCUUUUGGGGAUUGCCGAGUGGAACAGUCCCGAUCCAGGGGAAGCCUCCGAGAGCCUGCCGGGAAGCCACCCGGAGAACAGGAGGGACAAACUGGUUUGCGGGCCACAGGGCUACCAGCCAGCCAAGGGAGGAGUGGCUGUGCAGCCGCGGAUCCAAGAUGAGCGCCUGAAAAAGUGCCCGGAAUGCGGGAAGGGCUUUGUGUGGCGGUCGGAGCUGAUAGAGCACCAGCGCUCGCACACCGGGGAGAGGCCCUACUCCUGCUCGUACUGCGGGAAGAGCUUCAGCCGCAAGUCGUACAUCAUCAAGCACGAGAGGAUCCACACGGGGGAGAAGCCCUAUAUCUGCUCGCACUGCGGCAAGGGCUUCAUCUCCAAGUCAGACCUGAUCAAGCACGAGAGGACCCACACGGGAGAGAAGCCCUACAUCUGCCCCGACUGUGGCAGGAGCUUCAGCAGGAAGCAGUUCCUCGUCACCCACCGCAGGACCCACACGGGCGAGAAGCCCUACAAGUGCUCCGAGUGCGGGAAGAGCUUCAGCCAGAGGACUUGCCUGGUCAUCCAUGAGAGGGCCCACACCGGGGAGAAGCCUUUCAAAUGCCUGGUGUGUGGGAAGAGCUUCGGCCGCAGGGACAUCCUCAUGACCCACCAGAAACUGCACACCCGUGAGAAGGCCUUCCAGUGCGCUGACUGGUUGUGAAGCUGCCCUUUUGCCCAAUUCCGUAUGCUCUUCGGAGUUCAUAACUGUACAAUGGUACCUCUGGAUGUGAACGGGAUCCGUUCCGGAGCCCCGUUCGUAUCCUGAGUAGAACGUAACACGCAUCUGAGCGUGCAUGGGUCGUGUUUCGCCGCUUCCGCGCAUGCGCACGACAUCGUUUUGAGCAUCUGCGCAUGCACGAGCAGGAAAACCCGGAAGUAACGCGCUCCGUUACUUCUGGGUCGCCGCGGACCGUAAACUGAAAAAGCUCAACCCGAAGCAUAUUUAACCCGAGGUAUGACUGUAUAUAUUGUGGAAUUGGGUGUUGGUUUUUUUAACAUGAAGGUUUUGCAUAGAAGAAGCCUUACGGAGGGCUGCUUAACAAGCUUCCUCCCACACACACCUUUUAAAGUAUUUGAUGGCUUCUUUUGUACAUCGGGAAAAUGUAAUGUGUGAAUUAAGUAAACAAGUGUGUUCUACAGGUAAUCAGGAAAGUAAGGCUUACCAGAGAGACCUAAGAUUGGUUAUAGGUCUCGGUUAAAUGCACAUUUAGUGGUGACCCACUGGGUUUCAGUAAUGGGCUGGUUCAGAUGCCAAAUCCGUUGGACGUAUCCCAGAGGUUCCCAAACUUAUUUGGCCUAUCUCCCGCUUUUCAGGGAAAAAAUAUACUCAGCGCCGUCCUGCACCGGAAAUCUAUCUUCUAAUUUAAACAAACAGACAGAAAGAUGCAGUGAAAACUGGAUGAAGAGAUGGACUAGGACCCGGGAUUAAAAACUCAUGGGAGGGCGGACCAGAGUGAAGCCUGCGGGCUCCGUCCGAUCCGCCCCAGGAGCCGGGCUGACACCGUAGCUCACUUGCCAUUGGCCAAAUAGGCAGGCAAGCUGUGAUCCAUUUCUUGGGCCUGGGUGAAGCCAAAAAGGGGUCACCGACACCUGGGAAAGCCCCUCAUGACCACCGGAUCCAGGGGAGGGGUUGUCACCGUCCUGCAAUGGUGCCCAACGUGGCAGUAAGCAUCAUUACACAACAGAUGAAAUGUGUAUGAACAGUUUUUCAAAAUUUUCUUCUUUCCCUAUGCUUCCACAGCCCCUCUGUUUUUAUUCAUGGUCCCCAAUUGCACCUCUGCAUCAUUCCAGCAACCCCCAGGGGGCAGUAUAGACCACAGUAGGAAACACUGAUGUAAUCUGUGGAGUUCUGUGUAGAGAAACUAAUGAUAAUAAUAAUAAUAAUAGUUUAUUAUUUAUACCCCGCCCAUCUGGCUGGGUUUCCCUAGCCACUCUGGGCAGCUUCCAACUGAGUAUUAAAAACAAUACAGCAUCAGACAUUAAAAAUUUCCUUAAUGAACCUAGAUCAUUAGCUGUGUCCAUUAGUUCAGUAGGUCUACUGUCAGUGGGACCAGCCUUGGAUACAACCCUUGACAUGGCCAUCUUUGGUGCUGAGCGCUGCCACCUUGUGAGCUUGGAUCCAGAACAGUCCUGCUGGAUGGGGCCCAUCUAGUCCAGCAUCCUGUUCUCACAGUGGCCAACAAGGUCCGCCAAUGGGAAGCCUGCAGGCGCAACACCACUAGCCUCCGUGAUUUAGAGCAACUGGUGUUCAGAAGAAUAUACUGCCCCCGGCUGUGGAUGUACAACAUAGCCGUCUAACUAGAUUCCUGCUUUCUCACUUCCUGCUUUGGACAAACCACCGUUUAAGUAGGUUUCCUGUUUCCUGCUAACCACAGUUUGGUGGUUAGUGUGUAAAAAGACUCUGGUUUUCCUGCAUCGGGAAGUCAGGAAGGGAAUUGGAGAUAAGUCAGCCUGAGCUACUGACCCAAGGACAUGUUUGUUUGUUUUUUAUAAUGCAGAAACCGUUGUGUUGAAUGGCCCUAAGAGAAAUCAGCUCAUGGCAAUAUUCACUCUGGCAAGCAACCUUUGGCCAGGAGGAUCUGAAGAACCUCCUUUUGUGAUGUUGUGUGUGCCUAAGGGUGCUCUGCACUUGGAUGGCAAUCCUACCUCCCUGUUAUAUCAGUGCUGGAUUUGAAACCAAAAGGUGUCUUUUAAAAAGGCAAAAAAGCUGUAUGGUACUUUAAAAAAGCAUGGUGUGCAAGGAUUUCCUUGCAGAAAAUGAACAGAAGCUUCUGGAAAGGAAUUUAGGUCUUACUGUUCCAUCAGCGCAAGCAUUUCAGCUUGCCAGACUGAAUGAUCCUUCUUCUUUGUCCCCCAAACCAGUUCUGGGGGAGAAGGGGGAGCCCCAUUGUGCUAUUUGAAGUCCUUACACGAGCUUCUCUUUGGGGGCACUUGUCAGCUGAAUCCCUUUCUCACUGCCUCACGUUUGUGCCAAACCAUGGUUUACAAUCCAAACCAUCCUUCAGAAUUGCUUGUUUGCUGCCAUUUUCGGCUUGCUGAAACUCUCCCUGUUGGGGGUCGUAGCACAAACCAUGGUUUACAAAUCCGUUUCAAGCCACGGUUUCUGAUCUUGAUUUGCAAGCUGACUGUAACCAUGGUUUGUUUGGUUCAUAACACUAAACCAAACCUUAGUUAACCUUCCACUACCAUGUUUUUGGGUGGCCUCUGUAUUUGAGGCCCUGUAUGAAUAAGCAGUGAGGUGUGCCUAACAUAGCUCAGCCUUGUACUUUGACCACUUUCCUGGUGGGCCUUGGUAGCCAGGAAUUCCAUGUGUGUGAAUGGGUUUGCAGAAAGGUGGGCUGCUUAGAUGCCAGUCUGUUUGGUAAAAGGCUCUUUGUCUUUUACAGUGGUACCUCGGGUUAAGUACCGCAUUUUUCGCUCUACAGGACAUGGAGCGAAUGCAGGCUUUCGCUGAAGCCUGGAGAGUGGGAGGGGUCGGUGCACACCGACCCGUCUUGCUCUCCAGGCUUCAGGAAGCUAUCCGCAAGCCUUCGGAGUGCGCAACCUCGCCACCGCUCCCAGACCCGUUCUGGGGGCUGGGGGAAGCUCAGGCUUCCCCCGCCCCAGCCCUGCGACUAAAAAUGAAGCCAAGGAUCCCGCUCGCUGUCUUGGCUUCUUUGCUUUUUGGGGCUGGGGGGGGGAUUUCUUUAUUUCCCCCCCUAAAAUCUAGGUGCGCCCUAUGGUCCAGUGCGCCCUAUAGAGCGAAAAAUACGGUCCUUAAUUUGUUCCAGAGGUCCGUUCUUAACCUGAAACUGUUCUUAACCUGAAGCACCACUUUAGCUAAUGGAGCCUCCUGCUGCUGCUGUGCUGCCGGAGCACGAUUUCUGUUCUCAUCCUGAAGCAAAGUUCUUAACCCAAGGUACUAUUUCUGGGUUAGCGGAGUUUGUAACCUGAAGCGUCUGUAACCCAAGGUACCACUGUAUUACUUGCCUGCUAACAGGCUACAAUCCUUCACCCCUCUUUUAUUCAGCCAACAUGAAAACACAAGCUAACUAGCCUCUUGGCAAGUUAGUGGUUUUGAGGAGCAGGUUUUAUAAGCCCUUUUAAUAGGUUUCUUCCAAAUUCUUGCAUUUCUCAUAUAUUCCCACCCCAAAAAAGACUUAACACAGCAAAACAAACACGAUAACAUCAGAAUGCCUGAUAAAUAUUAGGCUGACUGUUAAGAAUCUUUCCAAAAUGUCAUCUUAAAAAUGUGACCUGUUUUUAGAUUGUGAGCCUGAGAGGCAGGCAACCCACUCCCCUUUUAAUCUCGAUAUAGCACAACGUCUAGUGUUGCUUUGUAGGUUCUCGAUGAAAUAAAUAAGUAGAUACGUU